AUGUUCGCCAACAGAUGUCUCGCAGCUACUGCGUGGCAGCAAGUCACGCGACAAGCUCCUCGCCAACUUUUCAAACCUGCUUUCACUCAAACACCCUCACGAACAUAUGCCACUCCAUCGAAUGAGAAAGUCGCCAAGUUCAAGGGCCAGAAAGAGUCUGAUGUGAGGGAAAACAACAGGCAGAGAUGCAAUGCAGAAAUCUGGACUGAUAAUGAUAUAAUACAGGGCAAAUACUGCGUGACGCUGAUCGAGGGAGAUGGUAUUGGACCAGAGGUAUACAUCCUACCUCAGCAGCAGGCGCAGAUCUCGCAAUCAGUAAAAGACAUCUUCUCCGCCGCCAACGCCCCGAUAAAAUGGGAAUCCGUAGACGUAACCCCCAUCCUCGUCGACGGCAAGACCUCCAUCCCCCCCGAAGCAAUCCAAAGCGUGAACAAAAAUUACGUCGCUCUAAAGGGACCCCUCGCCACCCCGGUAGGCAAAGGCCACGUCUCCCUCAACCUCACCCUCCGCCGCACCUUCAACCUCUUCGCCAACGUCCGACCCUGCAAGAGUAUCGCGGGGUAUAAAACGCCCUAUGAUGGCGUGGAUACCGUGCUCAUCCGCGAGAACACAGAGGGCGAGUACAGUGGUAUCGAGCACGUGGUCGUGGACGGCGUCGUCCAGAGCAUCAAACUCAUCACCCGGGAAGCCUCCGAGCGCGUCCUGCGCUACGCCUUCCAAUACGCGCAGGAUGUCGGACGCCUCAAGGUCCGCACCGUACAUAAAGCCACGAUCAUGAAGAUGUCGGACGGACUGUUCCUCCGCGUCGCGGACCGCGUGGCCAAGGAUUUCCCCAACGUGGUGUACGAUAGCGAACUCCUCGACAACACCUGCCUGAAAGUGGUCACGGACCCGACCCCUUACAACGACAAAGUCCUCGUCAUGCCCAACCUCUACGGCGACAUCCUAUCGGACAUGUGCGCCGGUCUGAUCGGUGGUCUGGGCCUCACACCCUCUGCCAACAUCGGAGACGAGUGCUCCAUCUUCGAAGCCGUGCACGGUUCCGCACCGGAUAUCGCGGGCAAAGGGCUAGCGAAUCCGACGGCGUUGCUCUUGAGUUCGAUGAUGAUGUUGCAGCAUAUGGGGCUUACGGAGCAUGCGGAGAAGAUCCAGAAUGCGAUUUUCAAGACGCUGGCGGAGGGGAAGACGAUCACGGGGGAUUUGGGGGGAAAGGCGAAGACGCAUGAGUAUGCCGAUGCUGUGAUUAAGAAUUUGUAG